AUGGCUUCUGCAGCUGUACAACUCCCCGGAUCCCACGGCUCUCUGCUCGCAGAGAAGCCCAAAGUCCCUGUCUCCGAGAACCCACACCAUGUACAGACGACACUUAACUUUCUCAAAGAAAAGGAAGAUGGCUCUCCCCCGGAUCCAACCUAUGUUGGAAAGCCAGAGACCUAUGACCGGCCUCAUGUCUCUAUUCCCGCCACUAUCCAUGACAUCAGCGGCCAUGAGCUUGACUACGCUCUUGAUAGCCACGGAUUCCAACUCUACUACCAUGAGAGCACGGAGAAAGAUUUCCAAGACGAUGAGAAGAUCAAGAGAGAGUAUUACCCUGAGACCGAGCAGCUGUUGAAAGACGCUACUGGUGCCUCCCGAAUCCACAUUUUCGACCACACCAUCCGUCGAGGUCAACCCGAAGGUUCCACUGGUCAAGACCUUCGCGGUCCAGUUCAGCGUGUGCACAUUGAUCAAUCCUACGAGGCGGCCAAGUCUCGAGUCCCCUUCCACCUCCCAGAAGAUGCUCCCGAGCUUCUGAAAGGCCGAUACCAGAUCAUCAACGUUUGGCGUCCCAUCAAGACAAUCCUGAAAGACCCCCUCGCGGUGGCAGAUGCACACUCGGUUCCAGAUAGUGAUCUUAUUCCUGUCAAGCUCAUCUACCCCAACCGCGAAGGAGAAACAUAUUCCGUUAAGCCGGACCCCAAUAUCAAGUGGUACUAUAGAUAUGGUCAAACUCCGGAUUUGGUGACUUUGAUCAAAUGCUUUGAUUCCAAGACUGAUGGCAGGGCUCGCCGUGUGCCUCAUACUGCCUUUUCUAACCCGGAGACAGUGAAUGAGGCUCCGCGAGAGAGUAUUGAGGUUCGGGCUUUGGUCUUCCAUCCCGAUGAUCGUGAUUGA